CUCCCUUCUUUCUCUCUCUUCCUCCGUCCUCUGUCCCUCUUCUGUCUCCCUCCACCAGAACAAAUAAUGGAGGAGCAACUACACUCUCAACUCUCCUGCCAUACUAGCAGUACAUUUUAGCUCUCUUACGACGUCGUUCUACGUCUACUUCAACAAAUGUGAACCCCUUUUUUCCUUCAUUUUCAUUUUUUUUGCCUUUUCUUUCUCUUAACUCCAACAAACUUUGCUGCUGCUGCUUGUGAUCUGACUUCUGAGUCCUACAUUGCCUGUAAAAGAUAAAGUCUCGGACUUCAGUUCUAACUGGAAAAAUUCCUUGAAUUUUACGUCCAUUUCUGAAGCUGCAUUUGCUGAAAAGAAUAAAAAUGAUGGAGCAAUAUGAAGUACUGGAGCAAAUUGGGAAAGGGGCGUUUGGUUCUGCCCUUCUUGUGCGUCAUAAACUCGAAAAGAAGAAGUAUGUAUUGAAAAAGAUUCGUCUUGCCCGCCAGACGGAUAGGACACGCCGAAAUGCUCAUCAGGAGAUGGAGCUUAUCUCCAGAAUGCAAAAUCCAUUUAUUGUGGAGUAUAAAGAUUCCUGGGUGGAGAAGGGAUGCUAUGUCUGUAUUGUAAUUGGUUACUGUGAAGGUGGAGACAUGGCCGAAGCCAUUAAGAAAGCGAAUGGUGUACUUUUCCCAGAAGAGAAACUUUGUAAAUGGCUUGUUCAGCUCCUUAUGGCCCUCGAUUACUUGCACACGAAUCACAUUCUUCAUCGAGAUGUCAAGUGUUCCAAUAUAUUCUUAACAAAAGAGCAGGACAUUUGUCUUGGUGACUUUGGACUUGCCAAGAGGUUGAGUUCGGAUGAUCUUGCUUCCUCUAUUGUGGGAACUCCCAGUUAUAUGUGCCCUGAGCUUCUGGCUGAUAUACCAUAUGGUUCUAAGUCAGACAUAUGGUCACUUGGAUGUUGCAUAUAUGAAAUGAGCGCGCACAAACCUGCUUUUAAGGCUUUCGAUAUGCAGGCACUGAUCAACCGAAUAAACAAGUCUAUUGUGGCACCUCUUCCUGCACAAUACUCUGGUGGACUCCGUGGUCUGAUCAAAAGCAUGCUGCGGAAAAAUCCAGAACUGCGACCAAAUGCUGCAGAACUUCUUAGGCACCCACACCUUCAGCCUUAUGUGCUCGAUAUUCAUCUCAAACAUAACAGCCCUAGGAGGAACAGUUUUCCUAUACACUGGCCUGAGACAAAUUACAUGAAGAAAAACAGAUUCUCUGCGCCAACAAAAGCUGCUAUUUCUACUUAUCGGGAAAAACGGUUUUCCUUUGGUGGUGACAGGACUUUAAACCCUAGUGUAUCUGAAGCUGAGCAUGACUAUCCUUUUUCAGACCAAACAAUUAAAAACAACCCUAAGUUUCUGGACAGAAGAAUGGAAGAGGUGUCGGUUGAUAGCGUGCAUGAAGUGACAUCUGUCACUAAAAGGAUAACUUCAAAAGUUUCUAGCGUAUCAAAGAACCAAAAAAUGAGUGUGACAAAACCUUCUUCUACUUCCAAAAGACCGGGAGAACUCUCUAAAAACCGGGAACUGCUCCUGGCUUCAAGAAUUGCUGCGAAAAGAUCUGCUUUUUCUACUCGUAGAGCUUCUUUGCCUUUGUCAAGUAAAGGUGAAGUUCGAGAAUCAGGCCGCAGACCCAGUCUUGGUAUACUUGACUGUGUUAACUCUCCAGAUGUUUCUGUCAAUGCUCCCCGGAUUGAUAGGAUGGUUGAGUUCCAUUUAGACUCUUAUGAGGAUUCUAUUAUUCCCAUUCGUAGAGCUUCAACGGCCUCUGUACAAGGUUCCUCCAACUCACCUCAAGGUGAACGAUCAAUAAUGAAGGAUAAAUGCACAGUUGAAGUUCUGGACAAACCACUUGGUAGCUUAAGUUUUGCAGAUGCUUGGCAAGGAUUUGAAGGCCCCAAACUUGCUCUGGAUAGGGAGGCUGUAAGUGAAUGUUCUGACCAAAAUGCCACGGCUGGUGCUUCAAGCCGUACCUCAUCAGACUUAAGGCGCCGUCGUUUUGAUAUGUCAUCACAUCAACAACGUGCUGAAGCUUUGGAAGGUUUGCUUGAGUUUAGUGCAAGAUUGUUGCAAGAGGAAAGGUUUGAAGAGCUUGGCGUCUUAUUGAAGCCAUUUGGUCCAGGGAAGGUGUCUCCAAGGGAAACAGCCAUUUGGUUGACCAAGAGUUUCAAGGAAAACACGGCAAAGCAGGAAGACCAACCCUUGGUCGCCCAACCUAUCUAAAACUGUUGCUGCUAUUAAUUGUAAUGGCUAAUUAGCGUUUUACAAACUGAGGUGUAGGCAGUAAUAGGCAGUAAUCUCAGGUAUAGGCAAGAACUUGUAAUGUUCUGGGUUGUAUGGUAUAGGCAGGAUUCUAACUAGGAGCGGACAUAUUUUUAUGUUGUUAAUCUGGAGGUCUUAAUUGGGAAGUGGUGAAUGAAAUGCAGGAACUUGAUGCUGUGAUGCUGUGUUUCUUAACCAUUUUGCGUCAUGAAUACUUAAGAUCCAUCAUGUAGGAUGACAAUAUGAAGGCACAUAGAAAUUUCGAACUUAA